GGCGGGCCUCCGGGAGCGUAGGAAGGGCGGGGACCCGGAUGUGUGUGGUGGCGGCGGCCGAAGAGCUAGUGAGCGGAGCUGAGAGGCCUAUGGAUGAGGAGGACGCGGCGGCCCCGGUUUGUUCUCAUGAACAAGAUGGAUGACCUCAACCUGCACUACCGGUUUCUGAAUUGGCGCCGGCGGAUCCGGGAGAUUCGAGAGGUCCGGGCUUUCCGAUAUCAGGAGAGGUUCAAGCACAUUCUUGUAGAUGGAGACACUUUGAGUUACCAUGGGAACUCGGGCGAAGUUGGCUGCUACGUGGCUUCUCGACCCCUGACGAAGGACAGCAAUUAUUUUGAGGUGUCUAUUGUGGACAGCGGGGUCCGGGGCACCAUUGCCGUGGGACUGGUCCCUCAGUACUACAGCCUGGAUCACCAGCCUGGCUGGUUGCCUGACUCUGUAGCCUACCACGCCGAUGACGGCAAGCUGUAUAAUGGUCGAGCCAAGGGCCGCCAGUUUGGGUCAAAGUGUAACUCCGGGGACCGGAUUGGCUGUGGCAUUGAGCCAGUGUCCUUUGAUGUGCAGACUGCCCAGAUCUUCUUCACCAAGAAUGGGAAGCGGGUGGGCUCCACCAUCAUGCCCAUGUCCCCGGACGGGCUGUUCCCAGCCGUGGGCAUGCACUCCCUGGGAGAGGAGGUGCGGCUGCACCUCAACGCCGAGCUGGGCCGGGAGGACGACAGCAUCAUGAUGGUGGACAGCUACGAGGACGAGUGGGGCCGCCUGCACGAUGUCAGAGUCUGCGGGACCCUGCUGGAGUACCUGGGCAAAGGCAAGAGCAUCGUGGACGUGGGGCUGGCCCAGGCCCGGCACCCGCUGAGCACCCGGAGCCACUACUUUGAGGUGGAGAUCGUGGACCCGGGAGAGAAAUGCUACAUCGCCUUGGGGCUGGCCCGGAAGGAUUAUCCCAAGAACAGGCACCCCGGCUGGAGCAGGGGGUCCGUGGCUUAUCAUGCAGAUGACGGGAAGAUCUUCCAUGGCAGUGGCGUGGGGGACCCCUUUGGGCCGCGCUGUUACAAAGGGGACAUUAUGGGCUGUGGCAUCAUGUUCCCCCGGGACUACAUUCUGGACAGUGAGGGUGACAGUGAUGACAGUUGUGACACAGUGAUCCUGUCCCCAACUGCCCGAGCUGUCCGGAAUGUCCGGAACGUCAUGUACCUGCACCAGGAAGGGGAAGAGGAAGAGGAGGAAGAGGAAGAGGAAGAUGAUGGGGAAGAGAUAGAGCAGGAGCACGAGGGCAAGAAGGUGGUGGUUUUCUUCACUCGAAAUGGCAAGAUCAUUGGGAAGAAGGAUGCUGUUGUCCCUUCUGGGGGCUUCUUCCCCACCAUUGGGAUGCUGAGCUGUGGAGAGAAGGUCAAAGUGGACCUGCACCCCCUGAGCGGCUAGGGCCUCCUUCCCGGGCCGCCCCUCCUCCCUCCCCUCUCCCUUUGCAGAACCAGGUCCCCGGUUCCUGACUCCCUGAGGAUCUGCUUACCCAGCAGGCCCAGGGGGUACGCAGUCCCUCUGCUCUGUGUCAGGCCCCUGCCAGGCUCCCCCGUGCCCGUGUUUCUGACCAGGUGCUGCCCUGGCAUCAGUCCCCGGGUGAGAGUCCCUGGUUAGACAGGAACAGGCCCAAAGAAUGGUGGUGCUCUGUGGGUGGGUCCCCCGGGCUUUGGCCAGUGGGCCCCCCCAUCCCCCUCCUGCACUGGCCUGCGUGAGUGGGGGGGGUGAGCACCUGUCUCAGCUGCUAUUGGGCACGAGGCUUGGCAGAAGGUGGAGCAGGACAGCUCCUCCCGGUACCGCAGUAUUUCUCCUCGCACCUUCUUUCCCAUCCCUGUCCUCGUCCUGUGAACCAGUUGCUGCUGUCAUCCCCCUGGCGGGGCUGGCGGGGGGGUGGGGGCCUGGCUCCUUCCACUGACUGCUGUCCUGAGACGACUACUCAAGGGGUCUCUGUUCCUUCCUCCAAAAGCCACCUCCCCGCUCACUGCCAGCCCAGGCACCUCAGUCCCCCUGGGAACCCGUGUCUCCCCCAAGCUGUGCGUACAUAGAUGGUGCCCGUGCUGUGUCCGAUGGGGUGAGAGAGGGGCUGUCAGGUGGGGUCCUGGGCCUUUGCUCCUGUCUCCCCCUUGUCCUCCUCAGCCCACCCAUGGCACCCUUGUCUCUAGUUCCUGGGGGUGCAGGCUGAGACCCCAGAGCCUGUCCCUCCCACAUGGUGCGGACAAGACCCCAGAGCCCUCGAGGGAGCCCGAGGUCACAGCCCCGUGCUCCCCGUCCCGCUUGCUGCCUCUGCCACUUGCCUGUCUUGCUUUAGUGUUUUGAUUCUAGCACUUACAUGUGUCCUCUGCCACCAAGCCCUCCUGUCUCCUACCCCCUUGAGCCCUGGCCCCAGCCCAUACAGUGACUUCUGGGAGGGAGAGGGAGCAGGAGCAGUUGGCCUUGGGUUUGCACAGAGUGGGCAGGGCUUUGGGGGAAAGGCUGAGCUGCUGUGCUGCUGGGGCCUCCCCUUUGGCCCCCCCUUCAGGCCCUGCACUAUGAUGUAUGAAAUGUAUGUACAGACCAGAGAUGUUUAUACCGCCAAUAAAGAUGGAGUUUCCAUAUUUACCAGUA